AUGGAUUUCAUCUAUAAUAAAGUGGAAGGUGGUUUAUCACCAAAAUGGGGAUCCUGCAAAAAGUUACAAUUACUCAAAAUGGCUGGUAAUUCAAUAAAAGGCAACAUUCCAAGUGAAAUUUUUCAUUUGGAACAAUUACAAAAUCUUGAUCUAUCUUCAAACCUAUCGACUGGAACUAUUCCUUCACAAAUUGGAUAUUCUUCAAAUAUGUAUAAUUUAAAUUUGGGUGGAAAUAGGCUUUCGGGUAAAAUACCAAUUGAAAUUGGAAAUCUUUUUAAUUUACAAUAUUUAGACUUUUCAAUGAACACGUUGUUAGGAGAAAUUCCGAUUCAGAUAGGAAAUUGUUCUAACUUGUUGGAUUUAAAUUUGAGUAAUAAUCAUUUGAAUGGAACAAUUCCAUUCCAAAUUGGAAACCUUGGUUCCUUACAAGAAUCUUUGGAUUUGAGUUACAAUUCUUUUUCAGGGGAGAUUCCUACAAAUAUUGGUAAGCUGUCAAAACUGAUAAGCUUGAAUAUCUCUAACAAUAAUUUAUCAGGUUCUAUUCCUGAUGAAAUUUUCGGAAUGUUGAGUUUGUCGAAUCUUAACCUCUGUUACAAUCAUUUGGAGGGAAACAUUCCUAAAGAUGGCAUUUUCGAAUUCAACUCUUGUAAUUCAUAUGAUUUGAGCAUUAACCAAGGUCGAUGUGGUAAUUUCCAAGGUUUUAAACCAUGUAAUGUAUCACUAAGUGAACAUAAUGGUAAUGGAAAUGACAAGAAAAAAGUUGUGAUUCCAAUUGGUGCUUCUUUAGUAGGUGCACUUUUACUUUCAUUGGUAUUUGUUGACAUAUUUUUCUUAUGCUAUAAGAAAAAAGCAAGAAUGUCAAGGCUAAAAGAGUCUUCAUUUAAGAUAACAAAUUCAUUUUCAGUUCGGUACUUCAAUGGAAAAGUUGUAUACAAUGACAUAAUUGAAGCUACAAACAAUUUUGACAACAAGUAUUGCAUCGGUGAAGGAGCAUUUGGAAAUGUUUACAAAGCAGAAUUGAGAGGGGGCCAAAUAUUUGCAAUGAAAAUUUUGAAAAGUGGAUAG